AUGGAAACACUCCCUCAAGACAUUAUUGCCAAUAUACUGUCGAGGCUACCAGUCAAAUUCCUGAUACAACUAAAGUGUGUAUGCAAGCCAUGGAGGUCUUUGAUCUCUGAUCCCCAGUUUGCCAAACUACACCUCAAACAAACACAGAAGAACAGCAACUUUAGCAGGUAUAGAGUCCUUCUCAUCACUGAACCUCUUGAAUCAAUAGCCUGUGAAGCUUCGGCAGAAGAUCUCGAUGAUGAAAGCAAACUGAUAUUGGAACUUGAGUAUCCGUCGGCUAUGAAGAAGACUCCUGACUCUGAUGAUUUGGUGGACGGUUGGCUUGAUUUAGGAGGUUCUUGUAAUGGCUUGAUAUGUGCAGUCUUUGAGCAUGAGCGCAUCUUCUUAUGGAAUCCAACUAUUAGAGAAGCCAAGGAAUUGGCAAACCUCAACGCUUUUGAUCCAAAGGCUUCCUUCUCUUACGGUCUUGGCUAUGAUUUCUUAACCGAUGAUUACAAAGUAGUUAGAGCUGCUCGUCCUUCUACCGCUAAUGCUUCAAACGAAACUGAAGUCGAAGUUUUGGCGUUGAAAAGUAACAAUUGGCGAAGGGUUCAAGGCCUCCAAUCUGGCACAGAAAUUGAAGGACCUGGGCUUUUCUUCCAUGGAACAUUGCAUUGGUUAGCAGCAAGAGAAACUGGCCUCAAAAAAAUUUAUGUAAUUGUUGCAUUUCACAUGGUAGAAGAGAAAUUCUAUGAACUGGUGCCGGUACCAGAUCAUGUUGAAGAGAGCAAAGAUAACACACUGGUUUUGGGGAUUUCAGGAGAUUGCCUAUGCCUGUUCUAUGGAUACGAUUGUGAAAAUGUUUUUGAGGCAUGGCUGUUGAAGGAAUAUGGCAUCAAGUCGUCAUGGAGUAGAUUGUUCAGUGUCCACAGAGACAUCUUGCAUGGAUAUAAAUACUGGGAGAAUGCAUUAUGCUAUACAAAAACUGGUAAAGUUUUAAUAGAUUAUGAUGGAAGGGAAUUAGUCUGGUAUGAUCCUAAAGAAAAGACAUCAAAAACUUUUACUCCAGGCAAUCACUGGGAUUGGUUUCAACCAGCUAUCUAUAUUGAAAGCCUGGUUUCGCCAAAUUGUUAUGGUGCAACCAAUGUAUAGACACAACUAUGCAUAACACUUAGUUAAUGAGGAAACGUUCAAAGGGGCGAACAAAUUAUGAGGCGAGGCAAGCUACCCUCCUUUAUUCUUACACUUA